GCCCCCGGAGCGGCGCCGAGCGACGAGGAGGGCAGCUCCGGCGGCAGCAAGGAGAAGGACGACAAGAUGGACCUCUUUGCGGAGCUGAAGCAGCAGAUCAGGGACCUCCAGGACAAGGUCGACGCCAAGGCCACUGACCAGCAGCGCCAGACCGCCGAGGCCGAGCGGGCGGUCGCUGAAGACCUGCCCACGGAGCGGGAGUCGGCCAUCGAGCGGGGCCUGGCACCGCCGGGCGCCGAGGCGGAGGACGCCGCCGGGGAGCAGGGCGCGGCGGAGGCGGCCGCGGCGCCGCGGGGCGCCGCGACGGAGGAG